GAGACGCGUGGCGUCAUAGUACACGAGUCACGGGGGCGCGCCCGGUUCCGACCUGACAUGCGCGUCGUGCAUGCGGCGGCUGCGCUGAAGCUUGCACUCUUACAGCCAUCUGGAAGCUUAGUUGAACAUACCCUUCGUCCCCAAAUUAAGAUAUGGCUGCCACUCCGAGCCGUUGGAUCCCUCUCGAGAGCAAUCCUGAUGUCUUGAACCAAUGGGCGAGCAAGGCCGGGCUUGUCACCUCGCAAGCAGAGUUCGUGGAUGUCUACGGCCUGGACGUCGAUCUGCUUGCCAUGGUCCCGAAACCCGUGAAGGCGGUAAUCUUGCUCUUCCCAAUCGCUCAGACGAUUGAGAACCGAAGGAAAGUGGAAGACGAGCGCGUCAAGAACCAGGGCCAGCACCCAGUGGACCCGACUGUCUUCUACAUCAAACAGACGAUUGGCAAUGCAUGCGGGACGAUCGGGCUACUUCACGCACUCGCGAACGCAGACGUAACACUGGCUCCGGAGAGCCCACUUGAGAAGUUCAUCGAUGAAUGCAAAGAAAUGACGCCUGAAGAACGUGCCAAGGCGCUCGAGACGACCCCGCUCUUUGCAAAUAUUCACGCCGAGGCCGCCUCGUCUGGCCAGACAACAGCCACUGAGGCGGACAUGCACACAGACCUGCACUUCACCUGCUUCGUGCAGGCGCCGGACCCGCCGCGCACGGACGUCGGUUCGUCGGAGCCCCGUCGUCUCCUUGAGCUCGACGGUCGUCGGGUCGGACCGAUCGACAGGGGGGCGUCGACAAACUUGCUUGAGGACGUGGCGAAGUACGUGAAGGAUACGUAUGUCGCAUACACGACGAGCAUGCAGUUUAGCAUGAUGGCGCUCGUCACCCCUCAAGACUGAGCAUCGGGAUGGUCAGCUGCCAAUACCAAGCCACAUCAACAUUGUAAUAUACUAUCCCCCGAGGCAUCUGCUACGCAUCACAUCUGUCAUUCUGUUGCAUCUCGCAAUGCCAGGAUGCCUCCAGAAAUUGAAUCAAUCGACGUGAUGAGUUGUGCCAGUGCACAUUCCUUGCCGCCGUCG